AUGUCUGAAGAGUUCGGGUCUAUCAAUGUCUUUGAAGUAGUUGUUGGCACUCGAGAGGCGUUUAUCGACUGUUUCCUAUCAUCUGAUGGUUGUUUGGGAGCCAAGAAGUAUGAGAAGCCGUCCGACUUUGAGUUCUUGACGGACCAGAUGUCGGCGCUGAAGGCGUCGGUGGACACGGAUUUGGAUGCCAUGAGGGAUGAGAUAAAGGGCUGGUUUGAGACAAAGGAAUGGGACGGAAAAGACAUGAUGGACGAGACGGUGGCGCUCAGGGAGACGGCCGUCCGUAUUGACAGUCAGUACAAGGAGUUGAGGCGCGAGUUGACUGAAUUGAAGGCGAGACUUUCAAAGACUAAUACAACAUCUGAGGGAAAGGCAUCACAAAACCCAUUGAAUACGACUUCAAGCGAGACAUUGACGCCGAGGACUGUCAUCGAUAUGUUUAAUGAAAUCCGCAAUCAAUUGAAAGUAACGAACAGUUUGUUGAAUGAUAUGAAUGAAGACAAUGACGUGAAGGCGCUGAUAGCGCCGGAAGGUAUGGCUGAUGGCAAUGAUAGCAAAGAGAGCAGAUCCAGAGUGACCACAAAAAGUCUGAGACGUCUGGAGAAGAAAACUAAUUUAAUUUUACCCCGACUUUAGUUGCAC